AUGCCAUAUACUUGGAUGGCUAUUAAAGAUAAAGCACCACAAACACUUAUGGAUCAUUCAGCAACAAUAUGUGGAAUAUAUAUGAUUGUUGCAUUUGGCGCAGUUGUUUCUUCACAACCGCAGGCAGUAUCAUCCCCAUUGACAUUAAAUAAUAAUUUAUAUAUUUUUAAUACACAAAAUUACACAUGGGUUAAUACUUUUGAUGCAUCAAAUAUAUAUGGGAAUUCAACAAAAUUAAAUGAUUCAAUUUCAUCAGGUAAAAGAGUUGGUGUUGGUAUAACUGUAUUAGCUAUUGUUGUUGGUAUCGUG